GGAAUUACACGAGAACGAGGACAUACAAAGCUUCUUCCUCCUUGAUUACUUCCUAUUCGUACUUUUUGGAAGUUUUGAAAGCCGCUCGUGCGUCAAAUUCUGCUUUAUAGAAGCAUAUCGAAUGACGUUAAGAAGUUCCACUAGUUCAUCAAAUUCGGUUUAGAACACUGUGGCAAUAAGAACGUAAGAGGACUUCAAAAUGAGCCUUCCUCGUUGGUUUGCUGAGGUAAUGCCAAAUCUGUUCAUAUUAGCAUUGUUACUUAAUUUGCCACUUUGGUCUGCUGUAUGUGAGGAAUGCAACAAAGAUGAAAACAAAUACAGCAAAGAGUCAAAUGAGCCGAUAGAGCUAUCAGAAGAAGAAAUGUUCAGGAGAGGACAUUUGAAGCCAUUAGGUUCCCAUAAGCCACCUGAUUAUUAUGCAGAUGAGCUGAAAUAUAUGAUAUCACCAGAGGAUUUCUACAUGAAUUAUGUUGUGGCACACAAGCCUGUUGUUUUAAAAGGUGUUACAAAAAACUGGCCUGCAUAUCAACUCUGGACUGACGAAUAUUUGCGCCAAAAUUAUGGAAACCGUACAAUGUUAAUGGAAACAAAAGAUGAUGACAAAGAGAAUAUUCCUCCUGGCAAGAAGUUCUCAGAUUUUCUAGAUCUUUACCAAACAGCAAAGACAAAUUUAUAUAUGGUUGAUGAAGUGUUACCAGAAAUGAGGAAGGACGUCAUCUUGCCCCUAUGCUUGAGAUGUGAAGAAAUUGACCGCUUCUUUUUUGUUUCAUAUUUUUGGCUAAGCGGAGGAAACACUAUGUCAUCUGCUCAUAUAGAUACUGAUGAGAACCUCCUUUGUGUAAUUAAAGGCCAUAAAAAGGUCAUAAUGGUUUCACCAGUGUAUUCAAAAAACUUCUAUGCAGAUGAGUCAAAAGUUAAGGGUGUAUCAAAUAUAAAUACGAGUGCAGUUGACUUGGAGAAGUACCCAGAAAUUAUGAAGAUAAAAUAUUGGGUUGGCAAUGCAGAGGAGGGUGAUUGCGUUUAUAUUCCUCAAAUGUGGUGGCAUCAAGUCUAUUCUAGAAAAGAGAGGCAAAUGGCUGUGGCCCUUUGGUGGAAAUCAAAACCUUUUUGGAAGAGCGUUCAAAGACAGGAGAAGAAAGCCAAAUCUAGAAAAUUCACCGAUAAAGAAGUGGAAUCAAAGAAGCCAUACUCAUUUGCAGAUGCAUUGAAAGAGUAUGAGGAAUGGGUAAUAGAUGUAGCCCCAAAGGUUCCUCGAAUUAAAUGCAAGGAACAGCAGGUUUUGAUGAGCAGUUAUAACUGGGAGACUGAUAAAAUUGAAGACGCUCCUCCCACACUCGGAGAUGGCGGAGAUGUAGAAGAGGAUGUGUUUGAGAAAGAGACAGUCGAUACCAAGUCAGUGAGUGACACUGUAAAUGCACGUAGAGAGUCAGGAGAGGUAUCCUGCUUCUUUGAUAAAAAUAACAGAAAGAGUCCAUGUCACUAUGAUUUGUGUGACGACGAAGAUGACCUUAGAUGCGUGAAGUAUGUCCUAGAAUACUGUGCUAGGUAUGAAGACAGGGGGUGUGUAGUUCAGAAACCGCAGCUUCUUAACAAGAAAUUGCAGUCAGAAAUGAUAAAGAUGGCCACAACCAAGCCAGUAUUCAAAUCUUGAAUAGAAAGUCCGUUCACAAAUAUCUGUGUUAUUACGCUACAACACUUAAUGAUUCCAUUAUUUGGGCUCACCUAAGUUCUAACUAUUGUUUUUGUGCACACGAAGUGUUUUUGCUCGUAGUCUGACCAAUGUGUUCUUUCAGAUUUUUAAUACCAGAUUUAUGACAUUAUACAUGUACUCACCAAGAUUCUCAAUGAGCUUUUUCAACCCUACCCUUCCAACCCUACCCUUCUCUACAGCGCAAAGCUUGAAAAACAAUUGCACACGUUUUGUUCAGCAGACGAUGAAAUCUCAAUCUGCUUUCAUCGACCUCCUAUAUUCAAAAGCUUUGGCCUACAUGAAAUAUAAAAGGACCAAAAAGUUGCUGCCUUGUGUUAUGAAUUUAGUUUUGAAAAAAAAUUUAAUUGUCUUAAUGUCUUAAUUGUCUUAAUGUGUCAUAGUUCACACUGUUGAGUUCUAGAUCUCGUGAACAUGUUUCUAAAUUUGUUAAUUGUGAAGCAUGGUUUUUGAACACUGUCGAGAACCAGGUUUUCUUUUAUUUUGCACGCAUGUCCCCAUUUGCGUGUCUUUACUGCAUUAUAUUACCAGAUCGUGACAUAAAAGUAGAAAUUGUAAAAUUAAUAGUUCUACCAGACAGUUUACAGAAAAAACGCCGCUUAUUUCCUUAUUUUUCUCAUAAUUUUUCAAAAUUGUUUAAAGUCCACCAUGACAAAUGCAUUUUCAAUUAACCUCGUUCAAUAAUGAUAUGCUGAAGAAAAUUUUGUAUGCUGAAUCUUAGUUAUUUAUGCAUUGUGGGUUAUAGAUCCGUUAUUUCCUAGAAUGAUAUCUUAUCAUUUCUUUUGAAAUUCAAGGUAGUUUUCUGGUAAUUCUAUAUUUGCAAAGUUGAUAUUAAUGCACACGCUGUUGUUUUA